CGCCGGGAGAAAGAAAGAUGAGACUCAAACGGUUCCUGCUGCGGUAUUACCCGCCAGGAAUUAUUUUGGAAUAUGAAAAAGGAGGGGAGACAAAGAACAAGUCCAUCGAUCUGCUUGACUUGACUCCAGUUGCAGAUGUAGAUGCCGUGGUUGAGGAAAUCCAGAAGGUUGAACCACUCAUAACUGCAUCUCGCACAGAGCAGGUGAAACAGCUGGUUCAGAGGCUCCAGGAAAAGCUUGGUCAACAGGAUGACCAUAAAUUCUAUCUUUUUAAGGUACUUCGGGCGCAUAUAUUACCACUGACAAAUGUUGCAUUCAACAAGUCUGGUUCAAACUUUAUUACAGGAAGUUAUGAUAGGACUUGCAAAGUAUGGGAUACUGCAUCAGGAGAAGAGCUGCAUACACUCGAGGGACAUAGGAAUGUGGUCUAUGCUAUUGCAUUCAACAAUCCUUAUGGAGACAAGAUUGCAACUGGUUCAUUCGAUAAAACCUGCAAAUUAUGGAGCUCUGAAACAGGCAAAUGUUACAAUACAUUUCGUGGACAUACUGCAGAAAUUGUGUGUUUAUCAUUUAAUCCUCAAAGUACUCUAGUAGCAACAGGCAGCAUGGAUACUACAGCAAAGCUCUGGGAUAUCCAGUCUGGAGAAGAAUCAGUUACUCUAACGGGACAUUCCGCUGAAAUCAUCUCUUUGUCAUUUAAUACAACAGGGGAUAAGAUUAUCACGGGCUCCUUUGACCAUACAGUUUCUGUGUGGGAUGUGGGAUCUGGCAGGAGAAUGCACACCCUGAUUGGGCACCGAGGAGAGAUCAGCAGUGCACAGUUUAAUUGGGACUGUUCACUUAUUGCUACUGGAUCAAUGGAUAAAACUUGCACGCUUUGGGAUGCAGUCAGUGGAAAAUGUGUGGCAACAUUGUCUGGACAUGAAGAUGAAGUACUGGAUGUUUGCUUUGAUUACACAGGGCAGCUUAUAGCAACUGCAUCAGCUGAUGGUACUGCAAGAGUUUACAGUGCAGCCAGUCGCAAAUGUAUGGUGAAGCUAGAAGGUCAUGAAGGAGAAAUCUCCAAGAUUUGUUUCAAUCCUCAGGGCAGUCGCAUUCUUACAGGCAGUUCUGAUAAGACAUCCAGGCUUUGGGAUCCUCGCACAGGCCAAUGCCUUCAGGUGCUAGAAGGGCACACUGAUGAAAUUUUCUCAUGUGCUUUUAACUAUGAAGGAAAUGCCAUCAUCACAGGAAGCAAGGAUAACACUUGCAGGAUUUGGCGAUGAAUGAAGACGGAAUUACUAAAACUAACUUAGUAAA